GCGCCAGUCCCAGGCCGAGGGGACGGGCUGGGGACCCUAAGGCUGGGGCCGGAGGGCGAGACCCGGAGAGACGGAGCGAAACAGAGACAGAGGGAGACUCGCGGAGAGGGAGCAAGGGAGAUAGAGGAAGGUUGGAGAGAUACAGAGAGAGCGAGGGAAGGAGGGGCAGAGACCAGCCCCGCGAGCCCGAGGUGCGGGCGCCAGGGGACCGCGGCACCCAGGAGCCCCAGAGCCGCAAGCCGGCGGCCGCCCCCCACCCCCGCGCGCCCUCCCCUCGCCGGCGCGGUAUUUUUAUCUGUGCGUGAACAGCCCUCCAGCUCCUCUCUGCCACACUCAACCCGCUGCCGCCGCGGCGCCCGGAGCAGCGCGGGGGAGCGGAGCCGGGAUCGCAGCCCGAGACCCCACGACGCGCGCCCCGCCCGCCAUGGACCCCAAAGACCGCAAGAAGAUCCAGUUCUCCGUGCCCGCGCCCCCCAGCCAGCUCGACCCCCGCCAGGUGGAGAUGAUCCGGCGCAGGAGACCAACCCCUGCCAUGCUGUUCCGGCUCUCAGAGCACUCCUCACCAGAGGAGGAGGCCUCACCCCACCAGCAGAGAGCCUCAGGAGAGGGGCACCACCUCAAGUCGAAGAGAUCCAAUCCCUGUGCCUACACACCCCCCUCGCUGAAAGCCGUCCAGCGCAUUGCUGAGUCUCACCUGCAGUCCAUCAGCAACCUGGGUGAGAACCAGGCUUCGGAGGAGGAGGAUGAGCUGGGGGAGCUGCGGGAACUGGGCUACCCAAGAGAGGAAGAGGAGGAGGAAGAGGAGGAGGAUGAAGAGGAGGAGGAGGAGGACAGCCAGGCGGAAGUCCUGAAGGGCAGCAGGGGGUCUGCUGGGCAGAAGACAACUUAUGGCCAAGGUCUGGAGGGUCCCUGGGAGCGCCCGCCUCCUCUGGAUGGGCCCCAGAGAGACGGAAGCUCUGAGGACCAAGUGGAAGACCCAGCAUUGAAUGAACCCGGGGAGGAGCCACAGCGCCCUGCCCACCCUGAGCCUGGCACAUAGGCACCCAGCCCUGCAUCUCCUGGAAGGAAGUGGAAGGAGGCAUUGAUUUCUCCAGAAACCCAUUCUAUUCACACCCUAUUUUGUACCCUGCUCCUCACUUGCUAGGGCUGCGGCUUCUGACUUUUAGAAGACUAAGGCUGGUCUGUGUUUGCUUGUCUGCCCAACUUCGGCUGAUGCCCAGAGUCCCUGGGCACUUGCUGCCUGAUGCCUACCCCUGCCAGUCAUUCCCCCAUACACCCAGCAGGAGGUGGGAUGGGAGAGCUUGCAUUGGGAAAUCCAGUAAAUGGGGGACAAAGAUUUAUCCUUCACAAUUCUACUCCCUAGACCCUCUCCCCUGGGUGUAGGAAACCACAGGGCAGGACCCUAAGAUCUGGGGAAAAGGGAUACUGAGAACUUGUAAGUGCCCAUAGAUCUUUCUCCAUCCCCUGGGCAAUUCCAAGUCAUCACCCCUUCACUGCCUUCUACCAGGGCCCAGAAUUCAGGCAUCUUUUCCACGACCUCAGCUUUUGGUAAAUCUUCCCCUUAUCACCUGCUCCCCAGCCUGGGUGCCUGGAAGAUGGACUGGCAGAGACUGCUUUGCUGCAUUUUUUGUGUGCUUUGAUGCCAGGAAUGCCGCCUAGUAUAGUAAGUCCUUAGGGGGGCACAUGGUGGGGGAGCCAAGCUCUCCUUGUCCUCCAGAUGCUCUGUCCCCUUCCCCUCUUCCCUGACUCCCGGCCUGAACCUGUAAUAAAUCUUUGUAAAUAAC